AUGUACAACAAAGCAAUCCUUCUGUCUUUGAUUUCCACCACUCUGGCUCUUCAUGGGUCUUCCUCCCAUUCUCAUCUAGAGAAGCGCUUCACUUUUCCGAUUCCUUCAUCCAAAGGCAGCGUGACCCUGGAUGAGCCCAAGGUCAUCAGUGGAAACAUGACCUUCGAUGGCGGUAUGAAGACAUAUGGUCGCGGGGUUGACUGUUCCGAGGGUGAGGGUGGUGACAGUGACGCUGUCUUCUGGGUUGAGAAUGGAGGAACUCUGAAGAACCUCAUCAUUGGCUCCGACCAGAUCGAAGGAGUGCACUGCAUGGGCGCCUGCACGAUCGAAAAUGUUUGGUGGGAGGCCGUGUGCGAAGACGCUUUGUCCUUGAAGACAGGAUCCGGCCCUUUCAAUGUCAUUGGAGGUGGUGCCCAGGGCGCCGAGGACAAGGUCAUUCAGCACAAUGGCCCCGGUACCGUCAACAUCCAGGGGUUCACCGCAUACAAUUUUGGAAAGCUUUAUCGCUCUUGUGGAAACUGUGACGACAUGUAUGAGCGUCAUGUCACUAUUUCCGGAGUUACUGCUGUCGAAGGGAGCGUUUUGGCUGGCAUCAACAGCAACUUUGGCGAUACCGCCACUAUCCGGAGCAAUGUGUGUGCUACCGAUGUCGAGACUAUUUGCCAGGAGUAUGAGGGCAACGACUCUGGCGAUGAGCCCCCUGAGAGCUCCUCUGGCCCGAGCUCUGCUUGCAAAUACACCGAGUCCCUGCCUGCCUGUUAG